AACGACAAAUAACUGUGAAAAUGGAGACCCUACGAACAAUCACAAUAGAGAGAGCCUUGAGCCUUGAGCUUUGAGCCUUUGAGCUUUUGAGCUUUUUCAAGUCUCUUCUUCUUCUUCUUCUUCUAGCUAGGGUUUACUCGAAACCACAAGAGAAGAAGAUCAAAGAAAAAGAAAAAUGCAGACGAAUUAUGAUAAUAAUCUUCCUGAUUUCAUGGAUGGCGACUGUUGCUCACCACCACAACUACUUCAAAACCACCACCAUUAUUACUCUCAUCAUCAUCAUCAUCAUCAAGAUCAUGGCGAAGAAGCUCAUCACAACCUUCAUUAUUAUCCACACCAACCUGUUCAGCCAUGGCAGUACCGAGCUGAGCAAGAAACAGUUCUGAAACUGAGCUACCAGUCUCAGCAGGUCCCACAACUACUGAAUUUCAAGCUGGGUCUGAACGAGAAUUGUACUGCUACUACUACUACUACUUCUACUACUGCUUCUGCUAAUAAUGCACUUCAUCAGUUUCACCACCUCUACUUUCCCGAGAAACAAACACAUUUUGUUGAGUCCACCAAGCCCAAAUAUCGUCGGCAGCCACAAGAAUAUUCCAUUUCCAAUGAGCCCUUUUGUUUUGCAGACGACAACAGUAAGGACAACUAUAGUCUGAAUGAGCUUGAUGCUGUCUACAACCUUGCCAAGAUCGGUGAUAAUAGUAUUCCUUGUGAAGGUGGGGCUGCCAUUGAUGGUGCAACUUCCAUAGGAGAAGAGGGUUUGUUGAUGAGGAAGCUUAAGAAGAAGAAGAGGAAGAGAAGAAUUAGAAAGGAAGUAAUUCUAUUGAGCUCGAUGACUCGAUUCUUCAAAGGCUUAGUGGAGAAGAUCGUGAGCCACCAGGACAGACUGCAUGAGAAUUUCUUGGAAUCUAUGGAUAGAAUGGAGAAAGAGAGAAUGAAGAGAGAAGAAGCAUGGAAGCGCGAGGAAGCUCGAUGGCAUAACAGAGAAGCCAUUGCCAAAGUUCAUGAACAAGCUCAAGCUUUAAACAGAGAGGAAGUUAUUGUCUCACACAUUGAAAAUAUCACAGGCCAAAGAGUCAACUUUCCCAUUUGAUGAUGAUGAUGAUGAUGAUUUUGAUCCAAUGUUGGGAAGAGCUUAGUGCUUCGUUCAUUGGCUUUAGUGGGUUGAAAAAGAAGUGUGAAAAUAUGCAAAGAAAAAGCAAGAAAAUGUAGCUAUAUAUACUCGAAUACUCUCGUUCUUAUUAUUACUUUGAUCGUUUGGAUCAAUUAUACCAAAAGAAAAAAGCCUCUGUAAGGAUGUAAUUUCUUAGUGUGGUAAGCUCAUGAAAAUGUAGAAUUUUAAAAGGAGAAGACCAUGAUCAAGAUGAGCAAAAUAGACAACCAAGUAGAUGAUGAUGAUGACUAAGAUGAAGUUGAAAAAGAGGAGAAUGUACAUUAGCAAUACUACUAACUACUUAGCUCUAUUAUUGUACUUUGUUUCAGUAUUAUAUUAAUUGUACGUCAUUUUACUAUAUAUUAUUGUUGCAAGUUCGGAUUAUAGCUCUGCUGAUUUCUUGUUCAUUAUAAAUGUAAUCUAUACAUUGUGUGUUUAAUUUUGGU